AUGAACCACAAUGAUGCGCCGCCGUACCCAGCUUAUACGCAGCAAUACGGCUAUCCGCCUUCUGCGGUAACAUACGCACCGACGCAGCCUCCCUACCCAUAUCCGACACAGCUCCCACAGAAUCCAGCGCAACAACAACAGCAGCACCAUCUCCAACAGCAGCAACAGCAACCACCUCCACAUUUCUUUCAGAGCCUUCCUCAAGGUACAUCACGACAGAUUGCGACUCCAACACGUCGACAGCAACAACACAUCCCAGGCAAUCUUCAAAAUGGCAAUCGCUCCAUCCCACCGACACCCGGCCAUGGCCCCGGUGCACCACCACCCGAGCACAACUCCCCGCCCGGAGUCAACUACGAGGAAGCACUCAUGGAUGCACUCCGUCGGGAGAAUGACGCUGGAGCGAGCAGCAACACUGUGAACAAUGGAAACGCCGGCGGUAAUGUCCACGAAGACGAUGAUGACGACGAGGACGAACAGAUGAAUGAUGACAUAGACGAGCCUGUCUACCAACUCCCACCCCCGCCAGAGGCUGUCUACCCCAAUGAGAUUGAAUUGGAGAACGCCAUGCACGCCUGGUCACUGGAGCAUGGCUACGAGCUGGUACGCAGAGCCAGUAAGAGGAAUGCUGCGAAACAGUUGUAUAAAAGAUACUUCCACUGCUCCAAACAUGGCAAAGUCUCUCACAAAGCCGUGCGUAAAGAGGACAGAAAAAGAAUAAACAGGACGAGCAAUAGAAUGAAUUGUCCCAUGUCUCUGGCUGCCGUUGCGGUGGAUCCUCAUGAUCCGUCUGGAAACUGGCAGAUACGACAUCGCAAGACAUAUCAUAACCAUCCCGCGGUGGAUGUCGUCCAUCUCGCUGGUCAUCGUCGCCGAGCAAGAAAUCCAGCGGUGGAGGCAGCAGUGGAUGGACUGUUCGCUAUUGGGACGAACGUGGGAGACGUGCUGAAAUUCCUGCAAAAGACGAAUCCGGAUGGAUUGUUCAAAAGAACGGAUGUGGCGAAUAUGAAGCUCAAGUUCAAAAAGUUUGGCACUUGUGCGCAAGGUAGCGAUGAGCAGCCACAAGGUGCAAGAUCCAUCCCAGGCGCGAGUUCUACCACUUGCAGUGCAUGUCGAGUAAAGAAGACCAAGUGCAACAACGCGCGGCCGAUUUGCGAUGUCUGUGCGAGUUCCGAUACCCCUUGCCAUUAUGAUACUCCAGCAGAUCCAGGAUUGGAAGAACCGAGAGACGGAGAUAUGACAACUCUGAGCCAGAAUCUUGACACUACAGCUUCUUCGCAGAGUGGACCUGGUCUGAAUGCCCUGCAUGCCGAACGUGUUCUCGCUGCAUUAAAUUCCUUCCAACAAGAACAUAUCCGACCUACACGACUCACUCUUGAGAGCUCUGCUGUGGAAAUUCUCGCAGCUUCCACGUGUGGUAAUGGGGAGAGUUAUAGGAACGCCCUCGGGACGAGAACUUUUGGGUUUGGAGACGACUACGCAAGUUUCAAAGAGGCUUUCUUGUCUGCUGCCAUGAAAGAGAAUACGAGAGAUGUUCUGAUUGGGGUGAAACGGGAGCCGAGUAAACCAACGGUAGAAGAAGGUGAAGAGGUGAGUGUUGAGGAAUGGAAUGAAUAUGUCAAGCAGUUGGCCAUUUACAAGAGGAGGGAUGAUAUGCUCAAAGCAGCUUUACGCGAGAGCACGACGAAAGUCUUGUGGGCGAGAAUAUCGAGGUUGGAAGCUGCAAGGGAGAUGUGGAGCGCCAUUGAAGAUUUAUGUCGACCGAGAGGCAGUGAUGAAGCUUUUGCACGGUUCUCUGCUCUGCAGGAAAUCACCUUGGAGGGCAGUCGAGAUUUCGAAACCUAUGUGUUUGAUAUGAGGAGGAAGUGGGAGGAGUUUAAUGAAAUGGCUGCAUGUCAUGAAGCGAGGCGAGCUCCGGCGCAAUUGAACCAGAGUUCCAUUGAGAUAUCCAAGAGGAGGGAGGGUGGUGAUGGGACGUUUUCGGAGGAGAUGCUUUGUUUUUUGUUUUUGAGAAAUCUGGGAGGACAGUACCAGGGUUUGGCGGCGAAUAUGAGUAAGAGGCAUAAUAUUGGGGGGUAUGGUAGUGGGGAGAGGGUUACUUUCAAAGAGCUUGCUUUGUUGGUGAGGAGGGGUGUUGAGGGGGAUGGAAGUAGGGGUCGAGGGGUGAGGUAG